AUGGUCGGGAGGAUUUUUAGCUCGAUGCAGGCACAGCAUGGACUGACUUGUGUAGAGGAAUAUCCAGAUUAUCUCUGCAAGGCGCUCUCGAAAGCGCUUGCCUUACUCGCCUUGUGCGCGGUGCAGCACGUCGAGGCAGCAGAGGGGCUCGAGCCGCCGCUGACACUGAAGUGGCACUACUACCGGAACUCGUGCCGCGAUGCUGAGACGUAUGUGAGGCACCAGGUCGAGUACUACUGGAAGCCGGACAAGAGCCUCACUCCUAAGCUCCUCCGACUGCUCUACUCUGACUGCUUCAUCACGGGCUGUGAUGCGUCUAUUCUGUUGGACGGGCGAAAUUCAGAGAAAACAGCACCACAAAAUUCAGGGCUUGAAGGGUAUGGUACGGUGGUGAUAGACAAGAUCAAGCAAGUACUGGAACAACGUUGUCCUGGAGUUGUGUCUUGUGCUGACAUUCUCAACCUUGCUGCCAGAGAUGCCGCUCACUUGGCGGGAGCGCCAUCUUACCCCGUCCUGACGGGGAGGAGAGACGGGAUGUCGUCGUCCAAGGCGUCGGUGGACCUCCCGUCGCCAUCCAUCUCGUGGGAAGAGGCGCUCGCUUACUUCGAAUCGAGGAACUUGGAUGUGCUAGACCUUGCCACUCUACUUGGGGCUCAUUCAAUGGGCAAGACUCACUGCAGCUACAUCACAGACAGGCUGUACAAUUACAACUCCACUGGCAAGCCAGACCCAGAUAUGGACCCAUCCUACCUGGCCCAAAUGAGGAAGCAAUGCCCACCAAACUCAAAGAGCCAAGGUGACCCUCAGGUGUUCCUUGACCCCGCCUCAGGCUCCAGCUACACAUUCAGCAACUCCUACUACUCCAGGCUCCUGAACCACCAGGCCACCCUUGGCAUCGACCAGCAGCUCGCCCGCGGUGACGACACUUCCCAGAUCGCUCAGGAGUAUGAUGCUGGGCUGGAGGACUUCCGGAAGGAGUUCGCUCUGUCAAUGGCCCGGAUGGGGAACAUCAAGGUCUUGACGGGGAAUCAGGGGGAGAUCCGCAAGAAUUGCAGAGCCGUGAACAGCAAAUAA